AUGAGUGCCGCAUCCCCAGCCUCCAUUAUCCAGGAGCUUGCAUCGGCAGCCAAACAAUAUGAGAACAAUGAAUCUGGUGCAAGGGAAGCUCUCAUUGCUCAGAGUAGAGCUUUGAUCGCCUCGCUUGAAGUUCCAAGCGAAUUCAUUCAACACACUUUCUGGUCUCAGCCCGCCCUUUCUGCUAUCGUCAGACUUGCUACCGAUGUAAACCUUUUCCAAUACCUGAAAGAUGCCCAAGAAGAGGGUUUGAACGCCGAAGCUCUGGCCUCAAAGACUGGCAUGGAUGUGAGCCUUUUCGCACGCUUGGCCAGACAUCUUGUGGCCAUGAACGUGAUCACUUCCCGCAACGGAGUGUUCUAUGGCACUGCCUUGAGCAACGGCCUUGCCGCUGAAAACUACCAACAAUCAAUCCGUUUCUGUCAUGACGUGUCCAGGCCCUCGUUCGGUGCUUUCCCGAGCUUUUUUAAAGGCAAUGGGUACAAGACCCCCGCCCUGGGCACCACUGAUGGCCCAUUCCAAUCUGCACACAAGGUUGACAUCUCAUUCCCACAAUGGCUUGUCGGAAAUCCCCCUUACCUGCAAUACUUUAACUCUUACAUGAGUGCCUAUCGCGCUGGAAAGCCGAACUGGUGUGACAACGGCUUUUACCCUGUCGCAGACCGUCUUCUGAAUGGGUUUGACGCCUCUGUGAGCGAUGUUCUGCUGGUCGACGUCGGCGGUGGUCGUGGACAUGACAUCGCCACCUUCGGCUCUCAAUUCAGUCCGCUCCCAGGAAGACUUGUUCUUCAAGAUCGAGAGCAAGUCAUCAACAGCAUUCCCGCAGAUGAAUCCCGUCAAUUUGAAGCGACGACCCAUGACAUCUUCACAACGCAGCCCGUGAAGCAUGCUCGGGCUUACUACAUGCACUCCGUUCCUCAUGGCUUCGGAGACGAGGAUGCAGUUAAGAUCAUGGCCAACCUUGUUCCUGCUUUGGCGAAGGGUUACUCCCGUGUGCUCCUCAAUGAGAUUGUUGUUGACGAGGAGCGCCCAGUGAUGUCAGCGACCAACAUGGACUUGAUCAUGCUGGCCCACAUGGGAGCCAAGGAGAGAACAGAGGCCGAUUGGAGAUCCAUUCUGACCCGGGCCGGGUUGAAGGUAGUCAACAUAUACUCGUAUCCCGGCGUGGCAGAGAGUUUGAUUGAAGCGGAACUCGCCUGA